AUGGCGGAUAUCAAAGACGCGGUGCAAAGAGACGCCGACCGCUCGACGAAUGUGGAUUUCGCGAAGUUCAAGCAACAGUUAACCAACAGCCCGGAAAUCGUAGAUUUGUUCCAAAAAGCGUACACGACGUUAAAAUUGCCAAAGUACGAGUCCACGGAAGUUGAGGACGUGACCAAAGCGUUUAAAGUUUUGGAGGACGAGGCGAAGAAGCAAGCGGCGGAGAGCGCGAAGAGGAUCCAGGAGUUGGAGAAGGAGUUGGUCCUUCUGAAGGAAGAGAGGGAGAGUUUGGAACGGGUGACCAUGGAUGAAAUUUUCGAACGCGAGCCGGAGAUGAGGGAGAAGUUUAACGAACAGAUCAAGAAAGAUGAAUGGUUUUAA